GCGCUCGGCGCCUUGAGGGAGGGAGGGAGCGCGAGGUCGGACUGCGCGUGCGCGCGGGCGAGAGAGAGAGAGAGAGAGCGCGAGCGAGAGAUUGAGCGAGAGAGAGAGAGAGGGUGGCGGCGGCGUGGGAGGCAGGCGCGGCGGCGUCUCCUUCCCGCGGGCUCUGCGCAUGCGCGGGGCCGGGAGAGAGGGAGGCGAAGGGCCCCGGCUGAGGCGGCGGUGGCGGCGGCGCAGGAGGCCGCGCGGGAGGCCCGGAAGGACCAUGGCGGCCCACACCACGGCCACCGCCAACACCAACCCCACCCCCACGGGCCAGCCAGGCUCAGCAGGAGCAGGAGGAGGCGGAGGAGGUUCAGGAGGAGUAGGCCCCGCUGAGGGCCCGCCCGCCUCAGGCCUCUCCUCGGCCUCCUCCUCGUCGUCGUCGUCCUCCUCCUCGGGCCCUCCCGCCGUGUCGCGGCGCAAGGACGGAGGCCCCGCGGGGAAGUUCUGGGAGAGCUCCGACACCGCCGCCCAGCUCGACGCCGCACGCCUCUGGCUCGGGAAGCACUGCAAGAAGUAUGUUCAGGCAGAUGCUCCUACCAAUAAAACACUGGCGGGGCUUGUGAUGCAGCUGCUGCAGUUUCAGGAAGAUGCCUUCGGAAAACAUGUCGCCAAUCCUGCCUUCACCAAGUUCCCUGCAAAGUGCUUCAUGGAUUUCAAAGCUGGCGGUACGCUGUGCCACAUUCUCGGUGCUGCUUAUAAGUAUAAGAAUGAGCAAGGAUGGCGAAGGUUUGACUUGCAAAAUCCUUCCCGGAUGGACCGAAAUGUAGAAAUGUUUAUGAACAUUGAGAAAACAUUAGUGCAGAAUAACUGUCUGAGCAGGCCGACCAUCUACCUCGUUCCAGAUAUAGAGCUCAAGUUGGCCAAUAAGCUAAAAGACAUUGUGAAACGUCACCAGGGAACCGUCACUGAUGACAAGUCUAAAGCCACCCACCAUGUUUAUCCUGUUCCUACCUCAUUGGAUGAAGAAGAGUGGUUUAGACCCGUGAUGAAGAAAGACAAGCAGGUCCUUGUGCACUGGGGCUAUUACCCUGACAGCUACGACACUUGGGUUCACGCUACUGAUGUGGAGGCGGACAUCGAAGAUCCUCCCAUUCCAGAAAAGCCCUGGAAGGUCCAUGCCAAAUGGAUUCUGGACACAGAUGUCUUCAAUGAAUGGAUGAAUGAAGAAGAUUACGAGAUCGAUGAGAACAAGAAGCCGGUGAGCUUUCGCCAGCGGAUCUAUAUGAAAAAUGAAGAACAGCCGGUCCGUAGCCCGGAACGACGCGAUCGGAAGGCAGCGGUUGGGGCCAGGAAAAGGAAGCACUCCCCUUCCCCGCCUCCGCCUGCUCCCACUCCAGUGGAAUCCAGGAAGAAAUCUGGGAAGAAGGGGCAAGCGGGCCUUUAUGGGAAGAGGAGGGGACAGCGAGAGGAUGAUGAGCAGGAAGACCUCACCAAGGAUAUGGAGGACCCCACCCCUGUGCCGAACAUGGAGGAAGUGGUGCUCCCCAAAAACGUAAACCCAAAGAAAGAUAGUGAAAACACUCCCGUGAAAGGAGGGACAGUUGCAGACCUUGAUGAGCAGGAUGAAGAAACGGUGGCAACAGGAGGAAAGGAAGACGAAGACCCCAACAGAGGUGACCAGAGCCGCUCCAUCGACACAGGAGAAGACAACGUCACCGAGCAGACCAAUCACAUCAUUAUUCCCAGCUAUGCCUCCUGGUUCGACUAUAACUGCAUCCACGUGAUUGAACGCCGCGCUCUUCCAGAGUUCUUCAAUGGGAAAAACAAGUCUAAGACCCCGGAGAUAUACUUGGCCUACCGCAAUUUCAUGAUCGAUACCUAUCGCCUGAACCCUCAGGAGUACCUGACCAGCACAGCCUGCAGGAGGAACUUGACCGGAGAUGUUUGCGCUGUCAUGAGGGUGCAUGCCUUUCUGGAGCAAUGGGGGCUCAUUAAUUACCAGGUGGACCCAGAAAGCCGCCCCAUGGCCAUGGGCCCCCCUCCCACCCCACACUUCAACGUCUUGGCGGACACUCCCUCAGGGCUCAUGCCGCUGCAUCUGCGCACACCUCAGAUCCCAGCCUCCCAGCAGAUGUUGAAUUUUCCUGAGAAGAACAAGGAGAAACCUACUGACCUGCAGAACUUUGGACUUCGUACAGACAUCUACUCCAAGAAAACAUUGGCAAAGAGCAAAAGUGCCAGCGCUGGGCGAGAAUGGACAGAGCAAGAGACCCUGCUGCUGCUUGAGGCCCUGGAGAUGUACAAAGACGACUGGAACAAGGUUUCGGAGCACGUUGGCAGCCGCACCCAGGACGAGUGCAUCCUGCACUUCCUGCGCCUGCCCAUCGAGGACCCCUACCUGGAGAACUCGGACGCCUCCCUGGGGCCCUUGGCCUACCAGCCGGUGCCUUUCAGCCAGUCGGGGAACCCGGUGAUGAGCACCGUAGCCUUCCUGGCCUCUGUGGUGGACCCCCGCGUGGCCUCGGCUGCCGCCAAAGCUGCUUUAGAGGAGUUUUCCCGGGUGCGAGAGGAGGUGCCGCUGGAGCUGGUGGAGGCCCAUGUCAAGAAAGUCCAGGAGGCGGCCAGGAUCUCUGGGAAAGUGGAUCCCUCCUAUGGCCUGGAGAGCAGCUGCAUUGCAGGGACCGCCCCAGAGGAGCCGGAGAAAUUCGAUGGACCUGAGCAAGAGAAGAUGGAGACGGAGGCGGAGGAACCGCAGGCAGACAAAAUCAAGGUAGAAAACAAAGGAGAGAAUGAAGCAGGAGAUGGAAACAAGGCCCAGGAAGCAGAGGAGGAGAGAAGUGCCGAAAAGGAACAGGAUGGGGAAGCCACUCAGGACUCUAAGACAGAUGAGAAGGAGGCCGAAGAGAACAAGGAGAACCUUGAUGUCUGCAAAGACAAGGAGGGCGACGCUGGGAAGAAGCGAGUGGAGCACGAAAUCUCCGAAGGGAACGUGGCCACGGCCGCAGCUGCCGCUCUCGCCUCCGCCGCCACCAAAGCCAAGCAUCUUGCGGCUGUCGAGGAGAGGAAGAUCAAGUCCUUGGUGGCCCUCCUGGUUGAGACACAGAUGAAGAAGCUGGAGAUCAAACUCCGCCAUUUCGAGGAGCUGGAAACCAUCAUGGACAGAGAGAAAGAGGCGCUGGAGCAGCAGAGGCAGCAGCUGCUGACGGAGCGCCAGAACUUCCACAUGGAGCAGCUGAAGUACGCGGAGCUGCGCGCCCGGCAGCAGAUGGAGCAGCAGCAGCACAGCCAGAAUGCGCAGCAGCAGUCCCACCAGCACCCCAUUGGGCCGGGCAUGAACCCCCUGGGGACCGGCAGCCACCCCGGUUUGGCCUCCCACCAGCAGCCGCCGCCCUACGCCAUCAUGCACCACCCCAUGCCCCCUCCUCACCCACCACAGACAGGUCAGGCCCUUGGACCCAGCUCCAUGAUGGCUGGGCAGCCCCUGCCAGGACGGAUCAUGCCCAGCGCCAAUGCCGGAGCAUCCAGCGCCCACCCUGCCAGCAGCAGCAGCAGCUCCGGCAACACCAGCACAGCCAGCUCUGCUUCUGGGACAGCGGCCGGAAACAUCCCAGGGCCUCGAGGAGCCAUGGCUUCCCCAAACGGCUUGUAUCCGCCUCCAGCCCAGCCGCCGCCUCCUCCGGCUGACGGGGCCACUCCACCUCCUGCUGCAGCCCCAGCAGCCUCUGCGGCUCCCUGACCGGACCGGCGAGAAGGAGCCUCUCCAAACAGUGCCAGUAGCAACCAAAAAGCCACACACCCACACCCCCACCCUUCCUUUCCUGCCCUUUCUUUCCCAUGGCUUCCGUUCCACUCCAUAUGCCGCUCACUCAAGGCUUGAUGUCCUUGUCUGUUUGGAGACGGGGCAGCGGCGACACCUUGUGCCUCGCUCUCCUGCCAAGGACAAAAUCACACCAGACCUGGCAUGGCUUCCCUGGGGGGCUUUGCAACUUUACCUCCCUCCUUUCCGCAAGGUGGGCACAAAGGUCUACCCCUUGCAGCAUCAAAAUAGAGGUGGGUCAGGGUGUGGCGGAGGAUGAGGGGCUUCCCCAGCAUCACAUGCACACACACACCCCUUGGUCCUGAGGAAUGCUGGCCUGGCCCUCCUUAGCCACUCCACACAGUUAGUCAGUGGAAAUACCGACUUCGCCACUUCGCUUUUGGGGAGCAGAGUGAUCCAUUCCCACUCUUUUCUGGGAGGAGAAGGGGUGCCUUGUUCUCUUUCUCCUCCCCAUCUCUGUUGUCUUUCCAAAGCACAAAACCACUUGCUUUUCUGCCCUUUCUACCCUGUUAUGGGAUUAAAGUGGAGCAGGGACUGUGUGUGUGGCCGGCUCUCAAAACUACCGCUUGCAAACCAUGUAAAGGGCUGAUUCUGCCAAAGCCAGCCGCUGCUUCCUUUCCGGAAGGGUCCCCAUGGGAGCGAGGGAAACCAGAGCCUUGUCUUCCUCCCGUGUUCAUCCUCACACGUCCUCACACAUUCCAGCUAUCGAUGAACAAGGGCGAUGGCUUUUGCAGGAGAGAGAGGGUUGACCGUUUGAGGAUCUGUCACUCUUGUCUUUGCCAGGGAGGCUCCUCCGCUAUUCCCUGGCUGGUCUUUCUCCCUCCCCUGACUCCGUCCGAGCAUCAGGGAAGUUCUCGUGCAAAGGCUUCCCCUUGGGCUGGGACCACCCUCUCUGGGCUUACAUUCCAGAAAGGGCUCACCUGGAGCCAGAUCAUUGCUCAUUUGCUCUUCCUUCAGGGCAGAAGGGGGUGUGCAGAGGUGGGGCUCCCUUCCCAGCAUGCCCAAAGAGGGUCCUGCCAUCUGCCACGCUCCGGAGCAAGAGCCCAGGCUAGCCUUUACACCUGCUACACCUUUCCAUUGCCACAUCCUUACCUGUGCUACCUUUAAGGCCCCCCAAAACCAGCUCAGGCUGCCUGGGGAUAUGGGGAGCACGAGCAAUGUUCGUUCAUGCAACUUGGGGCUUGCUCUUUUUCCCACCUCAGGGAAGAGAGAAAUCUCAAUAGGUUGUGGGUUGGGGUCUCCCCUCCUCAAGCGCCCAUUGGCUCAGAAAGGAAGCCCCUUCCCCCUUUUCCCCCUCUUCCCUUUCUGUGGGGCAACUGGGGCUGGAGGUGUCUCCGCACGGUCCUCUCUCUCUCGAAACUAAUAACCUCAGGUUGUUUUUAGUACGAUCCACUUCUUCUUCAGAUGCGCACGGUUCUUAGAUGGAGAACUCGUCUUUGGUUUUAUUUUUAUUUUUUCCCCUUUCUCCUUUUUUUACUCUACUGUUGAUUCUGUCUUGCAGCGUACUAUGAAUUGUUAACAGGAUUGUCUUUCCAUUCUGGGGGGGGGAGGCAAGAUGACUUUUUUGUUGUUGUUUGGGAGGAGGGGGGGAGGGGAGGGAGGUCUUGUUCAAGGAAUUUUUUGAAAAAGCGAACCCUUUUGUUCCUGCAAAACAGCCACUCAAUUUUGUGAAAUAAAACAUGCGGGUGUUUUCCUUUUUUUUUAAACAA